AUCUCUAAACAGCUGAUGGAAUAUUAGGGGUCACGUUGUUUACGUAAACCAUAGAAAUUAUAUUCAGAAUGUCGAAAAACUUAUUUUUAUCAAUUACAAACUUUGUGAAAACUAUUGAGCGACUUCUGCUUCCCCAUGGCGGACCGCCACCAGCUUUUGCCCUUGCCGGCUUGGACCACCAGUCGCAUCCGCAAAUCGAGAGGAGUGCCAAUCCUCUUUCCCCAGGCUUUAGUCUAAAUGAACUUCUGGGAAAUGGUAUGCUUUGGGCCGUACCCAAGCAUCGGCGCUCUGUGGAGAAGCGGUUAAAUCGAAAAUUUGGUUACCCAGAGUAUACUUGGAAGCUACUUAAAGAAAAGAGGAAUCUACGGUCUUGCGUACAAUGCGGACAUGAUCAUGAAUUGGGAGUUCUGUGUCCUCACUGUUAUAAUAAGGUGCGUCAAGAAACCCAACUUAUGCAGGAUAAAAUUCAAGAGCAGCUUGGACUGGAUCCCGUAGAGAAAGAGGUUAUUGUCUUAUACGAAGGUGAGAAGGCUGAAGAGCAAGCCGAUGCGCUGGAAAAUAAACGGAUAGUUGAGAUGCCAAAGCCUCGUCCCAUGUGGUUCACAAAGAAUCUGCUGCAGAAAUCCACCCAACAGACAUCAGAAACCAAAGAGGUUAAACCAUCUGAUUUGGGUUAAAUAUAUAAGUUAAAAUUUUGUUACUACAUCUUUAACAGGCAAUUUGUUUAUUUUCCAUAAAUUGUAAACUCUUUGUUUGUCUCAAAAA